AUGUUGCAGACGCUGUUGCCCGACGCAGAUCUCGGGAAGUGCUUAACCGCAGGCCGCCGAAACUACGAGACGGAUCCUCGUGGCGUGCCCUCUGUGCGAUUUGACAAAACCGCACCACCUCUUGAGAAAAGAUCCGUGGCCAAUGCCACCAACUAUGGUGACGACCUCCAUGCGGGCUCACUCAUCACGCCGACCCGAUUCCAGUCCCUGGGAGUCCAUCCGCAGGACUUCCUGCAGAAGCGGCCCGUGGCGGAGGUUGCCAGCCUUCUUCGGGGAGCCGGCUUCUGUGCAGAGGAGCAGAAGCUGGAAGCCAUCUUGACGAGGGCAGGGUGUGAAGAUGGUGCCGGCCGUGCCUCCUUGGAAGAUGCAUUGGGAGCCAUUGAGGAGUGGCUGUCGACGGAAGGUUAA